AUGAGCACCGCAAUUGCCAUGGCUCCUUCUCCGGCUCCUCACGAUAGGCCAUCGUUUGGUGCCGAUCUUUCAGCGCCUUCCCCUGUCCCGGCUUCCACAUCGCCAUCUGCGCACAGGACGACAGCCGUACCACCACCUCCGCCCCCAUUGUCGGCAACCCCGAAUGCGCUUGCUCCACGCUCCGGCAGUGGCAGCCCCAGAGGUGUGGGUGCGACGAGCGCGAACAACUCCUCACCCCCCAGCGCGUCGCGAAGCGGCGGCGGUCCCCCUAAGAUCAUAGUAAAAAAAGAACCCGGCUCGCCCGAUCUGGCGACUGCACGCCAUAGACCAAGAAAGCUAGACCUGUCCAAGGGCGCAAACCCCGGAUCUUCUACACCCGGGACUGCGCGCGGCCCGCUGACUGCGCGGGAUACGGCCGGGUUGGGAAUCCAAGAGGUCGGCCUUGCGUGUCUAUCGCCAGGGUUCGUUACCCAGGAUCCCGUGAUGAAGGAGCAACUGCAGCGCAGUUUGAGCGUGAGGGACCACCAGAGGCAGAUCAUAGAAUCGCGGCUACAACAGCAGUCAGCCAAAGGCGAUGGUCCCGACAGGGACGGAAACUUCACCGCAAAGACGCCCGGCCUUGCGCGUAAGCGCGGCGCACCUCCAGGUCUCAGCAUUGUCGCGCCGUCGCACGAGCAUUUUGCGAAUGAGAGGGUGAUCCAAUCCGCUCCCCUGGGCCAGACAUUCACGGGGCGACACAACCUGCAUCCGCAAACUCGGCACAUCACCAACCAGCCCUCCAAUCUCGCCAGCACAUCGCACAUUCACCAUGUGCCGGCCAACCAGACCAACAAUCGCCUUCCUCCAAUUGCCGACGUAUUUGGUCAGGGGCUAUCGGGUCACCCCGAGUCGAGUGGUCACGCGCUCUUCGCGAGCCAGCAAAAUCGCGGCGGCCCCUUAGCCUCCCCGCAUCACCCCCCGCCGCCGCCGCCGCCUCAGGCGCCGACCCCGGGGAGGUUGCGGGAGUAUAAGUCUGCAGAGGAAGCCCAAGCGGAGUUGGCUGGCGGUCGUCCAGAGUUGUUGCCGAAGUUAGUACACUAUGGGGUUCAUCAACCCCCAACGCCGCCAUCUCCCGGGGCGCAAACCCACAGACCUGUAACUGACGCCAGCCGAAGCGCCAGCAAGCGGAGAACGCGGGCCGAAUACGAGGAGGGCGGCAGCCCGCCGCUAGGCAACGGCCGAGCCAGCACCCGAAGAGGGCCGUUUGGCGAAGGUCGCGACAGCCCCGAGACACAGCGCGCUAAGCGAGAAGAGUUUCUCCGGUUAUGCGAGCGCGCGUGGGAUCUUUUCCAUUCAUGA